ACAAAUAAUUUGCGUUGGUAUACAUUCCAUUCACCUUACACAACAUGUACCUCUGAUUUCUAAAAUGGCGAACGUUGAGGAGACGGCGACCGAAAACGAUAGUGAGAAUUAUGAUAUGCCUCCACCUAAUCUUCCGACAAAACCUCCAGACCAGGCAAAACUUACAAAGGAAGAAUCAAAAUCGAAACCUUUAUCGAAAGAAAAGAAGGAAUCGGUGCCAGAAUUGCCCUACAAGGAACCAUCGUGGAGUGGUAUCCCAGACGAAUUCUACAACUUGGAAGUUUUGAAGAAUGGAUGCAUAAUAACAAAUGUUGAUCUCACUAGUAAACCUUUUCAUGUGUUCGGAAGGCUUCCUAGUUGUGAUGUUAGCUUAGAACAUCCUUCGGUUUCUAGAUACCACGCGGUGAUUCAGUACAAGACGAGCGAUACCUCAAAUAGCGAAAAGGGUUUCUACCUCUAUGACCUUGGUAGCACACACGGAACAUUCGUCAAUAAGUCAAGACUUGAAUCUAAACGUUACUACAGACUGCGUGUAGGAUAUGUGAUUAAGUUUGGGGGAAGCUCCAGAUUAUUUAUUCUCCAGGGCCCUGAAGAUGGUGAAGAAUCUGAUUCAAAUGCUGCUAUACAAACAGAAAAACAAACAGAAGUCAGGAGCAGUGAAGUAGGCAGAGUUAUGACCGAAGAGGAAUAUGAAGAAUGGAAGAAAGAAAGAGAGGGAGGAAAACAAAAUGAAGAAGAUACAGGAAUUGAUUGGGGAAUGGGGGAGGAUGCUGUUGAAGAGCCUACAUAUCCACCUGAUUUUGGUGAAACUGAGAAGGCUGAGGAGCAUCAUUUCAAAGAUCCUAAGAAGACUUUGAGAGGAUUCUUUGAAAGAGAAGGGCUGGAGUUAGAGUAUGAUGUAGAAGAGAAAGGUCCAGGUCAUGCAAAAGUUUUUCACUGCAGAGUAAAAUUGCCAAUAGAUGGGCCAAGUGGUGAUCCUCUUUAUGCCGAGGCUGCUAUCACAGGAAGGAAGAAGGAAGCAGUAUUGGAGUGUGCAAAGGAGGCAUGUCGAAUGCUGGAUGCUGCUGGCCUCCUGAGACAGUCCUCUCAUGAGAGUAGGAAACACAAAGAGAAAAAUUGGGAAGAAAAUGAUUUUUAUGACAGUGAUGAAGACAAUUUCUUGGAUAGAACUGGAUCAGUUGAGAAGAAAAGAAUACAAAGAAUGAAGCGUGCUGGUAAAGAUCAGUCCACCACAGAAACUUAUGAAUCUUUGACUUCAAAGCUUCAGAUGUUGGAUGAUGAAAUUUCAGAUUGUGAGAGUCGAUUAAAGCAAGAUGCAGGGGGAAGAAAUGGUUCAAUGUCUGGAGAUGCUGACUCUUUGGAUGAUUUCAUGAGCUCACUUGGAACAUCACUAGACAAGACAACAAGGACUCAGAUCAGAAGAAAAAUAUUUGACCUGAAAAAGGAAAGACAAAGACUGGUCAAACUUGUUAAUAUUGCCAAGCCAGCUAAUCUUCCACCAGUUACAGAGCAAGCACCUGAUACUUAUCUCAAAAAGUUGAGCACUGAAUCUGAAAGUAAAGCUACUGACUCUUCAUCAAAUAAGACAGCAGAUAUAAACACAGAUUCUAGACACAUAUUCCCAGCUACACUAGAGAAAGAAAAAGAAACCAAAAGGUCAGCUGAUAAGGAACAUUUACAUGAAAAGGUACUCAGGGACAACAGUCAAUCAGAUCUUACAGAACAGAAAGAAUUUGCUGUUCCUGUUUUGCCUGCUUUGGGUGGAAGGAAAAAAAAUCAACAAAAGAAGGAUGUUGUAGUGCCAUCAGACAGUGACAAGACUGUAGACAUAGAAGAAACAGAAAAGUUUGGGCAAGAAGAAGAUGGGGAGAGUGAACUAGGAAGGAAAAGAGUCAAUUCAGAUGUAGCGAUGGACAUGCAGGAAGAUGAUAAGAACAGAACAGAAGAAAAUAAUGAAGAUAUUCCAAAAAAGAGAAGAAAGAUGAAGAAACGGUCAUAUGGUGUGCCCACACAGUGGCAGGCUGAUAGUGACCCUUCAUUUACUGCAUGGAUGCCUCCUGAAGGUCAGACAGGGGAUGGAAAAACACAUUUAAAUGAAAAGUUUGGCUACUGACGAGUCUUUAAAUGAAUAGAGAGCAGUUUCAUAACAAAAUGUGUCUCAGUUGAUUUAUUUUCAAUGUGUAGUAGUUUUGACAUCAAGCAGUAGACUGAAACCCAGGUUGCUCAUAAAGAAUUUGAGGACCUUGGUUUUCA